AUGCACGGAGAAAUAUCGACUGCUUGUCCAACGUCUCGAGUCACCCGCGUCAUCUACCGCAGCGAAUUUGUGGGUCCCACAGAACCUCGUAUGGGGGCAUCUGUGCACGAAGGCAGAAUCUACCAGUUGAAGCUCUUCUGUGAUAAAGAUUACCCGGAUAAGCCCCCGGGUGUUCGCUUCCAUUCCAGGAUCAACCUGACUUGUGUCAACCAUGAAACCGGAGCGGUGGAAGCGAGGAAGUUUGACAUGCUAGCCAAUUGGCAGAGAGAGUACACGAUGGAGGACAUACUGACCCAGUUGAAGAAGGAGAUGGCGGCGCCACACAGCCGAAACCUCGUCCAGCCUCCCGAAGGCACCUUCUUCGAGUAGACAUGCAGGUCACGAGGUUCCUACUUUAGGUACGUGAAAGUAUCGAUGUCUGAACACAUCGAACUGUGUUUUGGCAGACUACACUGUAAGCUCGACAGACUGAUGGGCUCGCGCGAGUGUAUGACGAGUGCUACUAGUUCGUCCUGUCGUUUGCCUCUGAUUAAUCUACAGUAGCAGUGAAUGCUUGUUGCUCUGAAUUAUCAUACAUGCAGAAG